AUGUCUUAUUACAGAAAAGAGCUACAGCAGGUGUUGUGCCGCUAUGUCACAGACACCCUCAACGACAUCGACACUGUAAGAGGAUUCUGUGAGGACGUCUCUAAAUGGGGGCUCCAUAGGGAGAGCGAAUUAAACAUGAUGAUAGAUAUCAAAGACAGGUUUGACAACAUCAACCUAAACUUCGACCAUGUUUCUAAGUCAGAGCAAAAACUUAAGACCUUUUGGGAAUAUUUGAAGAGCAAGCUGCCCCAAUGGACUGCAGACAACAGGCAUGCAGAGCUGCAGGAGGAGCUGGAUGCCGUGCUCAAGGACACUUUGGUUGGCCUGGCGAAGCUCGACUACUUCCUGGAAGCAGUGGAGAAGCUGGCGGUCACUUCGCUCCAUGUGUUUACGGAGAACCAGACACUAUGUCUGCUCAAAGGGAUCACCCUCGAUUGUGUUCAGGUUGUCAUCACUGUGGCUGGGCUAAUCUGCCCUCUCCUCCUCGAGUUCAAAAGAGGUGCACAAGUUUUCUUCCUGCCCAGACUUCAGAAUGUGGAAGUGCUCUCGUAUGAGUUGGACAAGUACAUACGGACCACGCAGAAAAUCUGCGAGACGUUAGGAAAAAGUGACUUUCAUUCGAAAAUGGCGACGGAAACUGUGGUGAACUUCGAAGUGAAUCUGUCUGAAGAUGACUUGCAGAGGAUGCUCGAUCAUAUUAAUCAGCUGGCUGAGAUCAGGAUGAACAAGCACUUCAGGAUGGUGUUCUUGUUUCAAGAGGAAUCGUUUUGUGACUUCAUCAGUGUCUUCAGCAAGCGACAAGAAAGGAUGCUGGAGUUUCUCAACGACCUGGAGGAGAGGGCUAUUCAGCUCGACAGGAUGAAUAAAGGGGCAAAGAUCUCUGGCGUAGUAGGCAGCUCGGUUGGGGCGACUGGAGGUGUGCUCUCCAUUGUUGGCUUGGCGUUAAUUCCUGUGACAGCAGGUGUGUCUCUAGCUCUGACAAUGACGGGGUUAGGUAUGGGAAUCACCAGCGGAGUCAACAGCGUUGUCACCACUGCCACAGAGAUCGGAGUAAAUGCAAGUCAGCAGAACAAAGCCAGAGAGGUUUUCCAGAAAUUCAUGGAUGAUGUGCAGAGUCUCCAGAAAUGUCUGGUCAAGGUGACCAGUCAAGCCGACAUCAAAAUGGAAGCGAGUAUCAUCCCAGUGGUUGUGGGAGUUGGCAAGGUUCUUUGGAAAGUUCGUGCUAUUGUAAAAGGUAUUGAUGCAUUAGUUGAUGCUGCCUUAGCUUUUAAGUUGUUGAAAACUGAAGAGUUGAUUGAAGGUGUUGGUAAGGUGGUGGUUGAGGAAGGUAAAGCAUUACGUAAUGUGCCCAGGGUGGCCGCAGACAUCCCAGAAGUUGGUCAGGCAGUCGCCAAAGGGCCUCUCGCUCUUUCAAAGUCAGCCAGGGCAGGUUUCAUAGCACUCAAUGGUCUCUUCCUUGGCAUGGAUAUCUUCUUCAUCUGUUAUGGCAGCAUCAGUCUGGCAAAAGGCAGUGAGACGACCUUCUCACAGUGGAUCAGGGCCAGAGCUUCUCUGUGGAGAUCAGAGAUGGAUUCAUGGAAGGAGAUCCACGACUCCCUGUGUGAGGGCCAGGAGACGUCAGAGAGAAAAAAAGCUCUUCUGGAGACACCAUUUUAUCCGGAGAAGAAGAUUUGAUUGAGCCUUAUUGUGUUGGUCAUGUUAGUUUACGUCUUACUCCUGAUCAACUUUAACUCCUGAUAAAGUGGAAGAAAAACUGAAAUUAAAGAAGUUUUGCUUAAUACAGUAGUGCUCUGAGCAGAGAGAGUAUCUUUGUAUUAAGGUUAUCACAAUUUUCAACAAAAUUAGCUAAAUGGAACCCUGAUAAUUUGCCUGAUGUUGAAUCUUAAAAGUUGAAAAUAAUGCCAACUAAAUAUGGCGAGGUUGCCAUCAGACCCUUAUCAAUAUGGAUGAAAGAUUUCGCCUUCCUCAGUGGGGGAACAGUUAGUCCAAGACAAUUACUAUGGUUGGGAGUAAUUGGGAAUUAAAAAGAAAAAGUCAAAAAGAAAAGUGUCUAAGAAGGAUCUCAAUGAAAUUGAAACAUAUUUGAAAGCACUGAGUGUGUGGAAGAAGGAAUGUGGAUGCAGGGAAAUAAGAAAUAAUCCAAAACAAAAGCUAUGUUUUAACCAAGGCAAUGAAUGUGAUAAAAUGGCAAAUGAAUGUGGACCAACAGAUAUAUCUGCACAGAAAAAGGUGUCUUGUAUCUUACAGUGCCUCAGUGUGUCAGAGUGGACCACAACCUCAGCUAUGCCCCUCUUCAGGGACCUGAAGUGGCUUCAGCCCCAGCCUCUUUACCUCUGCCUUAUAGUCCUCCACCAACAACUGCCCAUCCACCAAACUCCACGAACAGAACAGCAGACAACAGAAGCAGACCUCCUGUAACCCGCAGUAAAGUCGUCAUCCACCUGUUACGCUGGUGCUGCCACACCAACUCUGCCGAUGUUUGAGGACACGGUGGUUUCUGAGGAAGGGGCAGAAUCUGAAAGAAAGGACAUUGGGCAAGGGAGUGUUCAGAGGAACGGGGUGGACUUACUCAGGCAGAUUGGAGGAGGGGGGCCAGGAGAGAGCGGUGGGAACUCUGAUUCAUUCGACGCCUGAGGUACACGGUAUCUCACCCACCGCACACAAACGGGAUAGUGACACACACACAUUGAUAUUAGAAGAUAUCACAUGCUUACAAAUUAAAAAGGACUUUCUCUGCAUUGUACAUCCCCCCUAACUGCAAUUAUAUAAAAAGUUUUGUUCUUUUCCAGUGCACAUGCAGAGAACUGUUCAUCUGGUAACUUUGAUGUCGUCGAUACAUCAUCUUUUGUCACUGUGAGCUCAAGACAAAAAUGAAGUUGGCUUAAUAUAACGCCUAAAUCUGACUUCAGGCCCUGCCAACAGUAAAAUCCAUCAAAAACUGAAGGCAUUAAGGAAAUUACUCCAGUUUUUUUAUCAUUCCAAAAAGUAAGAGUCAUCUUUUUUUUUCGGGAAAAAUCGAAAUUGCAAUUGUCCGACAAAAGUAACUUUUCUGGGUCAUGUUAUCACAGCAGAGGGAAAAUCUCUCUCACCCAAACAUAUUGAGACUAGACCGAAGUAGAGCAAAGACUUGACAGACGCAGAAGAACAAAGACUUGACUAAGACUAUGCACCUCUGAGUUCCCUAUGAGCAAAGAGAAACACGCAGAUAAAGUAGAGAUCAGGACUUCACCCCUGUGGGUGAGGCCAUCCAUGUUUGUUUCUCCCUGAGACAAAUCCCAACUGCUUUCCAUGAUUUCUGUUACAAGUGUGAUUUCUAGUAAUCAGACAUUGAAAUCUUAUAAUUCUAAUAAUUGUGAUUCUGUUACUUUAACUUAAUAGAUAAUUAAGACAUUCUAAAUGAUUUACAGGAGUGUUACCCUUUUUUGUGACUAAUUCUCUAUAAUACUUUGUAAUUAACCACUUUAUAUUUAUGUGGGAUGCAUAUCUAUUGUUUAAUCAAUUUUAGUGCUCCUAUUUGAUGUGAUUAUUAAACUGUUCUUAACCCAAGGGUGUGAAGGUAAAAAGCUCAGGUAGUAAUUGUCCCAAUAAUUUUGUAAUUGUACAAUAUCAAUGUUUGGAUUUUAACAAUUCAAUUAGAGAAGCAGUUUACUGAGCUAGUAACAUAUAUAUGCUGUGUUAAAUGAUUGAUAUGAAUUCAAGAGCAGUUUUUCUUAAUGGGACUAGAGUGUCCAUCUUAUCUGGUGUUUUAGUUGUUAGUUUUUUAUCUUACCUAUGGUUUUUUAGGUGUUUAUUUGAUAUAUGUUAGAUUUCUAUAAAACAUGAAAUAACAGAUGUUUUUACAGAACAGCAACUUUUAUUUCCCCUUCGACGUGACACAAUAUCUAAGUCAUUGCUAGCAACAGUAAUUCAGACUUUUAUUUCAAUCUGUUAGUCAGACUAAAUAAUUUUCAAAUAGGACAUUUGACCUUUGUGAUGCAUUGUAUCUCUUCAGAUGACCUGAAAUGCUUAUUUUGGGAGGAAAAUAUUAUUUUCCCCAUGUUCAUGAUGUCCUAGAUUGAAUCUUUGUGAAUGUCUGAGUCUGAUGUUUAUUAUGAUGUUUUUUAUCUACUGGUCUGAUUAUUGUUUGAUCAAAAGGGAGGAAAGUAAAGUAAAAUGUUACCAAUAUACCACACUAUGCAUUACCUCUGCUUCUGCAACUGCCAUGAUGACAUCAGGGCCACAAAUCUGAGAGUGUGCUUGUCUUCCCCCAACAAGACCUCGAAGAAGACUUCAGCCUGUGUCUUUUACUAUUCACACUCACACACUCACACUCACACACACACACACACACACACUCACACACGCACACACACACACAAACACACACACACAAACAUAUGGCCAAUCUGUAUAAUCUUAAUUAUGUAUAUGUACAAUUCAAU